GUUCAUUUUCAAAAACUACGCAUGAAUUAAAAUCAUGACCCAAGAUCAAGAUCAAAUUAUUGACGAAGAAUACGCGUCUGAGGAGGAUUCCGACUUUGCUCCCGAUGCAGCAUCAUUACGAGGCGACGGUGGCUCGGACGCACCAGAAUCCGAAGAUGACGAAGUUCAAUUAGUUACAGCGCCGAACAAAAAACGCGCUGCCGACGCGAAUGCUGACGACGACUUCGAAAAUUCAGGCGACGAAGUGAUAAUACAAAGGGGGAAGAAGCGCCAGAAGAAAGACAAACAAAAAGAUGCUAGUGCCGAAGAUGACGAUGAUGGUGGACGUGGUCUCAUCAAGACUCGGAGCAUGCGAGCGGUUGAGAAGGCGGAGAAGAAGUUGCGCACAGCCACUGGUCCGGUCACGAUUGAUGUAGACGAUUUGUGGGCGAAGAUGACGGCUGUUCCCUUACUAUCCUCAAAUGCAAAUGAAGAGGCAGAAGCGGAGAAGGAGAACCAACGGCCAACUCAAGAUAGUACGGAUGGACUGCUUAAGGGCGCCCGAGACAAGCUACAGCAAAACUUUGAGGGUGGAGGUGAUUCACUAUCAAUGAUUAAGAUUAAGCGAACCUAUAACUUUGCCGGAAAAGUGCAUACCGAAGAGAAAUUAGUUCCUCGAGAUUCCGCGGAAGCGAAACUGUACUUAGCAUCUCAAGACCCGAAGACUGCCGAAGACGUCGAAGCUGAAGAUGGACAACCUAGAAGGAAGCCCCGCCGAGCAUUCCGAUCUAUAUUUGAACCCGUAGUUGAGGGCCUGGCUCAGCGCGAAGACCUGAAUCUCGGUAUGGACGCUAGACUUCAACUACGUGAACAGGCGAAGGCCAAGAAACUGAACGUAGUCGAGAAGAGUCGCAUGGACUGGGCAGGUUUCGUUGAUAAGGAGGGUAUAAAAGACGAGCUUGAAUUGGCUGGAAAGUCUAAGCAGUCAUAUGUCAACAGACAAGAUUUCUUGGAUCGUGUCACAGCUAAUAAGGAUGAGGAAGCAAGAAGAGCUAGGAUUGCUGGCCGAGCUUGAGAGAUAAGACAUGAGAAUAUCUAUAUCUCUUCAAUUCAUCUCGGUUUCGCAAGCAUAUCAAUUGGCCUAAGAGACAUAGCAGCAAUAUGUUGGGAAAGAGAAACCGAUGAAUACCACGACGUGAAUGUCUUACUUACAAUGAUUCUAUCGGAAUUUCUAGACCUGUCGCUCCUCGAUAUAUCGUGACGGAUUUGAGAAUGGAGCUCGUCGAUUUGGUUUGCGUGGAACUCUAGGCUGACUUCAUCCAAGUACAGUCAAUACAUUUACGCAAAACCACCAACGGCCAUACCUACGAUACCCUAUCCAUAGCUAGGCGUUCUUAUUAGUGUUGAUGAAAAGAACACCUGAAUCGAGUUAUUACAUACUCGAAUAACGCCGAGGAUGGUGGCUUUGAAAACCAAUAUCAUCCUGUGUCAUUAGUAUUCGGGGUGCAAGUGUAGCUACAUAACUACAAUAUAUCAUAUAUUAGAAGGCGUCGGAGCCGACA